AUGGCGGUGGCUCUGGACGAAGUGUGGGGGCGGGUGAAGAACGUCUGCAAGCAGAACGGGCUGCUCAUCCUGUCGGUGCUGGCCGUGGUCAUCGGCUGCCUGCUGGGCUUCUUCCUCAGAGGCAAGCAGCUUUCCGAGCAGGAGGUGAAGUACUUCCAGUUCCCCGGAGAGCUGCUGAUGAGGAUGCUGAAAAUGUUGAUUCUGCCCCUCGUCGUCUCCAGUUUGAUGUCCGGUCUCGCCGCCCUGGACGCCAAGUGCUCCAGCCGUUUGGGCAUCAUGACCAUCUCCUACUACCUCUGGACCACCUUCGUCGCCGUGGUAGUGGGCAUCGUCAUGGUGUACAUCAUCCACCCGGGCGGAGCCGCUCAGAAGGAGGACUCUGAGGACAGCAAGAAGCCGAUGACCAGCUCUGCUGACGCCCUGCUGGACCUCAUUCGCAAUAUGUUUCCAGCCAACCUGGUCCAAGCUACGUUUCAACAGUACCGAACCCAAAGAGUCCCAGAACUCAUCCCCAAGCCAACGGUGGCCCAGCUCCUGGAUGAGACCACCACGCGCAGGGUCUACAUCUACGGCAUCCAGGAUGACAACGGCACCGACGUCCAGAACUUUUCCCUGGAUCUCACGCCGCCGCCCGACGUCAUCAUGAAAACAUCACCCGGCACCAGCGAAGGCAUGAACGUGCUGGGGAUCGUCAUUUUCUCGGCGACCAUGGGAAUAAUGUUGGGCAGAAUGGGACCCAACGGAAGUGCUUUGGUCAACUUCUGCCAGAGUUUGAACGAGGCAGUUCUGAAGAUUGUUGCCAUUGUCAUUUGGUAUUUUCCCUUUGGGAUUGUGUUCCUGGUUGCCGGAAAGAUCUUAGAAAUGGACGACCCCUCAGCCAUGGGAAAGAAGCUGGGCUUUUACGCCAUCACUGUGGUCAUGGGCUUGGUGCUGCAUGGUCUAUUCAUCCUCCCUGCUAUGUACUUCUUCAUCACUAAGAAGAGCCCCAUAGUUUACAUCAGAGGCAUUCUGCAGGCCCUGCUCAUCUCCUUGGCCACCUCCUCCAGCUCCGCCACUCUGCCUAUCACCUUUAAGUGCCUCCUCGAGAACAAUCACAUCGACAGACGCAUCAUCCGCUUCGUGCUUCCCGUCGGGGCAACCAUCAACAUGGACGGCACGGCGCUCUACGAGGCCGUGGCCGCCAUUUUCAUCGCCCAAGUGAACAACUACGAGCUCGAUUUUGGGCAGAUCAUCACCAUAAGCAUCACCGCCACGGCCGCCAGCAUCGGUGCAGCCGGGAUCCCUCAGGCCGGCCUCGUUACCAUGGUGAUUGUGCUGACCUCCGUGGGUUUGCCCACUGAUGACAUCACCCUCAUCAUCGCCGUUGAUUGGGCUUUGGAUCGAUUCAGGACCAUGGUGAAUGUGAUGGGCGACGCUCUGGCCACCGGCAUCAUGGCUCAUAUCUGCAGAAAAGAUUUUGUCAAAGAAGGAGAGCAGGUGCCUCUGAUAUGCGAGACCAAACCCAUGAUCAGCAUCCAGCAGAUGAUGACCUACCAGAACCAGAAGAACGGCUGCUACCAGCCGCCCCCGCCGGGCAGCAAACAGGACCACCUCUCCCCGGACGUGGCCCGCCUGAUCCAGCUGGAGGAGGGCAUCCGGCCGAUAGAGAAGAAGAAGCACGCCCACUCGUCUCACCACAAGAGAGAGCACAGGGACAAGGACCACUGUUCCAUUGACAUGAACGGCCUGGAGACUAACGUAUAG